GAAUGAGACUCAAGUUAUAUACAUGUGUGUCAAGUUAGUGCGGUUCCUCCUCUCGAGUGUCUUUUGAUAUGUUGAUGUGUCUAUCGGAGUGCGGACAGAUCUUUCAAAAGUGACCAUUGCACAGGCUGGAUGCCUCAGAUUUGUUUUGUAAACAAUUCGUUUACCAUCUCUUAUUCGGAACUUUUUGGUACUGGUAUUUCUUGCCACUUGGUUUUAAAAUCGGGAAGAUAGUUUGAUUUGGAACAACAUUUCUUGGACACUGAUUUCAGAAAGCAUUGCAAAGACUAAGUUCAUUGCAUCUGGCAUUAUAAUAUGAUAUUUUCACUGAAUGAAUGUAUUGAUUUAUGUUUGAUUUGACGAACUGAAACUAAAGUUUGUGAGGCUUUUAUUCGUUUUAUUCUUUUCUCUGGAGUUGACACCGUGCCAUGAAUCUUGGAGGUCCAAGCGACCCACCAACGCACUCACAUCCGCCGCAUACUUCUACAUCACCCACCGAUAUGCCCGUGGUUCCUCCCCAGCUCCAGCCCGGCCACCACAUCCACCGUCCCGCUCAUCAUCACCUCCACCAAUCGGGCAUGCCGCCACCGUCCGGCGGUUCGACUGGGAUGCUGCUCCGAGCCGAGAAGCCUUACCCUCGCACGCCCAAGUGUGCCCGGUGCCGCAACCACGGGGUGGUGUCGGCGCUCAAAGGCCACAAGAGAUACUGUCGAUGGCGUGACUGCAUCUGCGCCAAGUGUACCCUGAUAGCAGAGAGGCAGAGGGUGAUGGCCGCCCAAGUGGCUCUCAGAAGACAACAGGCGCAAGAAGAGAAUGAAGCGAAGGAACUUGGACUUUAUUACGAGACAUCCGAUGGUGCUAUCUACGCCAUGAACGGGAUUGCUGUCCAGACCCACAAAGGGUAUGACCCCUACAGGAACCAACAGCAAUCAGAACAAGGACAAGGACAAACCCAACAAGGUAGGUCAAACAAUUCCGUUUUCUUUUUCACCUUUUCUAGAUCCACUUGGUUGAAAUUAAUGUGGAACCUUUUGAUUGCUAAUGUUUUUGUUGAAGGAAUAUCAAUCCCUGAUGACAAGAAGAUGAAUAUUAAAACUUCCGUUGCUCUUCUUACCAUUUAAUUGUCCUAUAUCAUUGGAUCAAUAACCAUGUGCUGUAAAAUCCGGACGAACAAAUCUUGUCCUUAUAAAGCUACCAACAUAUUUCAUUACCAUGAUAACUAACCAGAAUAAAACGUCCUUAAGUUCAAGCUCAUCUUGUGCAAAACUUGCUGACCCGAAUAAAAUCACGACAGACAGAUCUUUCAAACCGGGUGUUUCCAUCCAGAAGUAUGGCAAGGUGUGGUUAAGAAUUUUGGAAAGAUUUUGAAAAAUACUAAAUGUACUAGAACAAAGUACAGAUUACUCUACAUGGAAUAUUGUUAGACUACAAAUACAAUUUGAUAGCCCCGCAGUAAACACAAAAAGGGAUAAAAAUGAAGGCCUUCAAUUCAAAAGGUCGUGAAACAUUUAUGGGCAAUGAUUAUUACUAUGCUAUGAAGGUAACUAACUUUUUUAACAUUAAAUGAUUAAUAUGAGUCCUCUAAUCAUGGUCAUCUUAAUAUUUAUUCUUGUAACCAACGAAACUCUUGUCUAGAAAAGAAGACGCAUAUUCAUGAAACGCGGAUUUUUAUAUUCAGAAACGUUGGUAAUAUUUUGUUUCCAAUUGCACAACAGUUCUUUAUACACUAAUGACUUACAAAUCACACUUAAACAGUGUUUUGUAAAUGUUUUUCAAUUCACUUUCUUUAACUCUUGAAUAUUUUAUAAAGGUUUGAUUGGUGGGUGAUAUGUU